AUGAAGGAACGCGACAGUGCUUGGUUUCAUGCAUUUACAAUACUAAGUUUACUUCUACCAGCGCAACUGGACAACUGCCCAACCAUGGGUAUGUCAGCGUAUAUACUCGUAACUAUCUCCUCAGGGUUGGACUACGAAGGAUUCGUAGCACUGCUAACGUUUUACUCUAAACUUGUGCCUGAUCAUGAGUCAAUAAGGUACAAGUUUAACUUUGGAACAAAUCGUUCUGCAACCAUUGAGACCGCGAAUCUCGAACAAGAAAUUCAAUCGUGGAUAGACGACCAAGAACAGAUGGAGGCGUUCUGGAAAAGUGCGAGAACAAAUAGUUCCGAUUUUAUACAAUUUGACAAUCCCGAGGCACCAUUGUGCGCUGUGAUCAGAAGCUUCUCCGAUAUUAUUGCGAACGACAAUGAGCAUCCCGCAACCGUCGCUCAGAAAAAGCAAGUAGUACUCAUGACCGAUUAUUUACCAGUGAAUGUCACAGCAGCUAUGAAUACAUCUACAAACGAAAAUGAGCAAAAGCUUGCACUGGUGCAUGAGCUGAAUGUCUCCGAGUUUACGCGGUUCGUCAACUUUCCCGUUUAUUCAGCAACUGAAGACAUUAACAUGGAAGAAGCAAAGCAAGCCUUUCAAAAUGCAUUGGAGUUCGGCGAUAUACCAAGGAAAACCGAACUGGCGCGACUAUCUUUUCAUGAUGGAAUUUGA